CUACAAAUAAUAAGAUAGUGAUCUAUUCAACAAUAAUCAUAAUCAGUAAACACCUACAUUGCCCACAACAACACCAAUCAGUUCAGUUUUGCUCUGUUAUUCUCACAGAAUGAUUCUCCGUUGCGCUCUGAUCGUAUUCUUCGCCACUACCAUCAGGGUGGAAGCUACCUUGCCAUGCAGCAGCAAAAGCGAAUAUCUCGAUGAUAGCCUCUGGUUUACGGAAACAACAUGUGUCAUACUCAACCUGGAUGAAUCUCACGUCGAUACAGUUUCCGACAGGCUCAAUCUGCCCAGCGAAGAGGAAAUUGCUCUCCUGGAUCCAACUCUACCAUAUCUUUCUGCCAAACUGUUGAACAUCAGUAACGCGACCAAGAUCCUCCGUAUCCACGAAGGUCAUGUUCCCCGGGUGUACCUCAAACCCACCCUGCUGGAAUUUCUCGUGAUCGACAGCGGCACGGAAGAGCUGUUGAUCGACGCCGUGGAUAACAGGGUUACAACGCUGCUGGAAGUAUCGGCGAAUCUGCUCAAUCACGUUCCAGCGAACGUAAAUCGACUCAAGAAUUUAACGAAGUUGUAUUUAUGUGGCAAUUUGAUCGAAACUGUUCACAUGGAUCAGUUCAAUGGGCUGGAAAAGCUGCAUACGUUAUAUCUGCUUGCGAAUCACAUCAGCACAAUUUCGACGACAAACAUUGUUCUGUUACCAAGCUUGUGUGUGUUCAGCGCAAGUGGAAAUCAGUUAGAAACACUCGAUAUCAGCCACUGGGAGAUAGACAAAUUAACCACAUUGAAUGUGAGGAGGAAUAAGCUGCAGUUCAUAACGGGCUUGGAAAAUCGUUUCAACCAGCUGGAAGUACUUGAGCUGAGGGAAAACAAGGUGAAUUGUCAGUGGCUGGAAGAUGUGUCCAAAAAUCGAACGUUUGCAGGGAAAUUAGUUGUAUCGAAGCCAUGUGACAUUCAUUCUUGGUCUGAGCUGUGCUGCGAGGGCGAUGAAACUUAUUCAGGUUAUCUAGAAUAUCGCCGUUUGACGAAUAUUGAUUGAUAUGAAAGUUCAAAAGUGUGUUUCGUUGAAAUAAAUAAUAUUACUCAAA